AUGUCCCAUCUCUUUAAACAUUGUAAUAAUUUAAAUAUCGGUACUACUCGAGCGUACCGCGAGAGAGGAGACUCACCUCUAACAACCUUGCUAAGUACCACAUACAUUAGUUUAAAAUUAAAUAAUUUACCUUGGGGAGAUAAACAUACAAACAUUAUGGCCAAUAAACCUACAAUAAUGUUAGUUAUAUUUGUGUCGUUGGUUGUUUUGGCCAGAUGCAACAAUGACGAUGAACAAUCAACCAAAGUGCAACAAGAACGAAAACAUACCAGGCUUGUUUUGAAUCCUUUUUCACCUUUUGCUAUUCCAGUGGUUGUUUCUGAAGAAGAGGAGGACAAAGGAAUUGAUGUUAAGGAGAAACGAGAAAAUAAUAAGGAGAAUAGGGAUAAAUAUGAUUAAAGUUGGAAAUAUUAGGUAAUAUAUAAAUAUAUAUUUUGUUUUAA